UCGAUUACACUUAUUUAUUUACCUACUUAUAAGGCGAUUAUUAAUAUCAUCGUUUUCAGAAAAGAAAAGGAGCCCAGCUAUCCUUCCGUUGUUGGGUGCCUGUUCCGCAUUUUCCGAUGGGAGUUCCUCACCGCUACAGCUCUCAAAACAAUUAGCGACACCUUACAGUUUGCUAAUCCAUUUUUCUUACACCAGCUCAUUGGACUAAUUUCCGACAAGCAUGCCCCACUUUGGAAGGGUAUAUCCUACGCCAUUUUGAUGUUCUGCGCUUCAGAGCUUCGUUCAUUCGUCCUCAACAACUACUUCUUCAUCAUGUUCCGCCUAGGAGUCAAAUGCCAAACAGUACUGACUGCUGCUGUCUACAGAAAGUCUCUACAACUGUCCAAUUCGGCUCGGCGAGACAAAACAAUCGGAGAAAUUAUAAACUUGAUGGCUAUUGACAUCGAAAAGAUUCAGUUCAUCGCUCAAUAG